AUGAAGCUAAGCAGAGCCCUGAACACUUUUGCUUCCAUGUCUUUGAUCUGUAUGACACAGGAUGUAGUAGUGCCCUCCUUCAUGGGGCCAAAGAGUUGUGCCAUUAAGACUUUAGAUCGGGCUGUAAGCACACAUCGAUGUGCAGCGAACAUCUCGCCGCUGACCUCGAAUGUCACAUCAGCACCCACCUUAGUUUGA